GUUAGCCAGCAGCGCAGCCCUAUCCGCCUCUCCCUCACAAACCAGCCUGUGUUGGGCUGAGCAGGCCCCUCACACAAAGGAGGGCAGGGCAGGCAGGGCUGCCCCCCCUUCCCCCCCGCCUCGGCAGAGGGGCAGCGGGGAGGCGCCCUUCCCCGUGCACAGCACUCACAGCCACUUACUCCUCUCCCGUCCCCCGUCUUCUCUCUCUCCCCCUUUCCCCCCCCACCCCGCCCAACGGUUCUCCCUUCAGCCCCCUGCCCGCUGUCCAUGUAGCCGCCCGGCCGCCGGCCCUCCGCACUAUGCCCAUCUUACUCUUCCUGAUAGACACGUCCGCCUCCAUGAACCAGCGCACCCAUCUGGGCACCACCUAUCUGGACAUAGCCAAAGGCGCUGUAGAGACUUUCAUGAAGCUCCGAGCCCGGGACCCGGCCAGCAGGGGAGACAGGUACAUGCUGGUCACUUUCGAGGAGCCUCCCUACGCUAUCAAGGCUGGCUGGAAGGAAAACCAUGCAACGUUUAUGAAUGAACUGAAGAACCUUCAAGCUGAAGGACUUACAACUCUUGGCCAGUCCCUAAGGACAGCUUUUGAUUUAUUAAACUUAAAUAGAUUAGUAACUGGCAUAGACAACUAUGGGCAGGGUCGAAACCCUUUUUUUCUGGAGCCAGCAAUAAUUAUUACAGUUACUGAUGGAAGUAAAUUAACCACUACCAGUGGGAUACAGGAAGAGCUCCAUUUACCUCUCAAUUCCCCUUUACCUGGAAGUGAGUUGACUAAGGAACCCUUUCGAUGGGAUCAGAGGUUAUUUGCUUUGGUUCUUCGUUUGCCUGGUAUUACAGCACCAGAAUCGGAGCAAAUGACCGGAGUACCAGUGGAUGACUCUGCAAUCACACCUAUGUGUGAAGUCACAGGAGGUCGAUCAUAUUGUGUGUGCUCUCCAAGAAUGCUGAAUCAGUGUCUUGAGUCGUUGGUGCAAAAAGUGCAAAGUGGAGUGGUAAUCAACUUUGAAAAAGCUGGACCGGAUCCCUCACCAAUUGAUGAUGGGCAGGUGGAGAUAUCUAGACCCUUUGGACCCCAACCUUGGCACAGCUGUCAUAAACUUAUUUAUGUCAGACCAAACCCUAAAACUGGGGUUCCUAUAGGUCACUGGCCUGUUCCUGAAUCCUUUUGGCCGGAUCAAAAUUCUCCAACGCUGCCACCUCGCACAUCUCAUCCUGUGGUGAAAUUUUCCUGUACUGACUGUGAACCAAUGGUCAUUGACAAACUGCCUUUUGAUAAAUAUGAAUUAGAACCUUCACCAUUGACCCAGUUUAUCCUGGAAAGAAAAUCUCCUCAGACCUGCUGGCAGGUAUAUGUGAGCAAUAGUGCAAAGUACAGUGAACUUGGUCAUCCUUUUGGUUACUUGAAAGCGAGUACAGCACUGAAUUGUGUGAAUUUAUUUGUGAUGCCUUACAAUUAUCCAGUCCUCCUUCCACUGCUAGAUGACUUGUUUAAAGUACACAAGGCAAAGCCUACAUUGAAAUGGCGUCAGUCAUUUGAAAGCUAUUUGAAGACAAUGCCUCCUUAUUAUCUUGGGCCUUUGAAGAAAGCUGUGAGAAUGAUGGGAGCACCAAACCUUAUAGCUGACAAUGUGGAAUAUGGACUUAGUUACAGUGUCAUUUCAUAUCUCAAAAAGUUGAGUCAGCAGGAUUUGAAACCUCAGACUUUUAGAAAUGCUUAUGACAUACCCAGAAGAAAUCUUUUGGAUCAGUUAACACGAAUGAGAUCUAAUUUACUGAAGAGUACUCGCAAGUUCCUGAAAGGACAAGAUGAAGAUCAAGUUCACAGCAUACCUAUAGCACAAAUGGGAAACUACCAGGAGUAUCUAAAACAAAUACCUUCUCCACUCCGAGAACUUGAUCCUGAUCAACCACGACGGCUUCAUACAUUUGGCAAUCCAUUCAAAUUGGACAAAAAGGGAAUGAUGAUAGAUGAAGCAGAUGAAUUUGUAUCAGGACCUCAGAAUAAGCAUAAAAGACCUGGAGAACCAAAUAUGCAGGGGAUUCCAAAAAGACGGCGCUGUAUGUCCCCCCUGCUCAGAGGCCGACCACAAACUCCUCCGGUUGUGAAUAACCACAUUGGAGGAAAAGGGCCACCAACACCAAUUGCACAAGCACAGCCUGACCUUGUUAAACCUAUUGCUAUUCACAAAACAUCAGAAACAAAUAAUGAAGUUGCAAUUGAUGAUGUCAUUGAGAAUCACGUUACAGGCCCACUUUCAUCAGAUGUUUUCCCAAAUUCUGCGGAUUCAGAGUUUUCGCUGUCUUCUUCACCAUUCAAUUCUUUGGAUCGACCAACAGCUCACACAGAUGAUGUGGUCCGUGAGCAUUUAGGGAAUAAUUUGAAUGUUGAUGGGUUUUUGGAGAAUCAUGAGGAAUCAGGUAGUAAAGAACAAAGUACUGAAGAGAACUUCGCAAUGUCUUCACCCACCAAAGGGAAAAAACCAGUUCAUUGCAGAAGUUCCAGAGAGAUCAAUAUAGACCUAAGAGCACAAAUUAUGAAAGAGAUCCGAAAACCAGGAAGGAACUAUGAAAGAAUCUUCUUUUUACUGAAACAUGUUCAAGGAAGCUUACAAACCCGACUGAUAUUUUUACAGAAUGUUAUUAAAGAAGCUUCAAGGUUUAAAAAACGGAUGCUAAUAGAACAGCUUGAAAGUUUUCUGGAAGAAAUCCAUCGCAGAUCCAAUCAGGUCAACCAUAUCAACAGCAGCUAGGAAACUGCACACAAGAGAAAGCCACAGCAGGGCACUGCUGUCCUUAAUUGCAUUCAUUUUUGACAUGCACUCUUAUCUCCAAGUUCCUGUACCUGAAAGAAUGAGCUGCUCUAUAAAAUGAUGAGAAGAGUAUCCAUCAUCUUUCUUUUUUUUUUUUCCACUUCUGUUAUUUUUGUAAUGUGAAAAAUACUACGAAAACACUUUUAUUUAACUAAAUGGAGAACUUCUUGCUUGUCAUGGACAUAAGUGUCACUUUCCCUCAGGUUCUAUUUUUCUUAAUCCAACCUUCAAAACUAUCACCUCUUAAGGUUGAACUUUGCCAAAAAGUUGCUUUGUAAUUUUCAAAAAAAAAAAAGCACAUACAUUAAGCAAGGUAAUGUUUUGUAUAUACAGUUAUUUUGGAUAUAUUAUUGUAAGUUGUAUAAAUGUAUUUUGAAAAAUAUUUAAGAAAAGCACUUUUGUUAUUCCAUCAAUAAAAUCUCUAUUUUAAUCUUUGUGUA